AUGGCGCCUCCUUUGACGUGGCGCCCGGUGCAUUCGCUGCGCGUCGAAGCCGCCAAGCGCCGCAGUCGCGGCGCCGCCAGCGGCGAGGAACUGCGGCUGCCGGAGAAGGUGUGGGGCGGCACGGUGGAGGAUCUGGAGGAAUGGUUAGUGAAGAGCCACGGCUUCUCCGGUUCCCUGCGCCUGGGAGUGGAUGGCUUCGCGCUGCUGCCAGGGGAACCGCUGGCGGCACUGCUGCGGGAGAAGGACGAAGUCAUGGUGAGCCCCGUGAGGUCUCUCCCAGCGCCAGGCAGCUUAGCUGAUGGUGAAACUCGAAAACCAAAAGCGAAACGGCCCAAAGCCAUUGCAGAUGCCCCCAGCCCCCCCACCGCGGCGAAAACCCCGCCCACCGUGCAGAGAGCCCCGGCGCCCAGCGCACCCGCGCCCAGCGCACCGGAGGAAGCGCGAGGGCCACGAGUUGAGCUGGAAGCUUUGGUGAAGGAACAAGCGCGGAGGAUCCAAGAGUUGGAAGAACAAAACGCCUUGUUGCGGAGGAAGUUGGAAGCCAUAGCGGAACCGCAUGCCACGCUGCCGACUGCGAACGCGGCGAACGCGGCGGCUCCAGGCUGGACGGCCAGCACGGUGGAACUGCUGAAGAAGGGCCAUGUGAUCUGCUAUCAGCUGGACCUGAUCGAUGCCUGGAAAGGCACCAUGCAGCGGUCGGAGGCCAAGGUGGCGGUGAUCACCAAAGUCUCCCGCAACGCUGAGGGCAGCAAGUGCUUUGUGCUGCGCUGCGAGCGCGGCGGCGUGGAUUUCGUGGAAGCCACGCAGCUGCGGAACGUGCAGCUGGCGGAGGCUGCUGUGCAAAAAGCUGUGGACGAGGUGGCUCGCCAGUGUGGCGGACGUGUGGAUGUCUUGGUGCAAGCAGCAGGGAUCACUGGCAAGACCAACCUGAAGACUCACGAGGUUGACGCUGCAGAUUUCCAACGCGUCUUCGAUGUGAACGUCAAGGCCGUAUUCCUGUGCGCGAAAAGUGUCCUGCCAUUGAUGUUGAAGAGCGGCUAUGGGCGGAUUGUGAACAUCGCCUCGAUUUCGGGCAAGGACGGCAAUGCCGGGAUGUUGGCCUAUUCCUCUUCCAAGGCUGCAGUGAUCAACCUCACCAAGGUCAUGGGCAAAGACUAUGCCACCCUGGGCAAGGACAUCACCGUGAACUGCAUUGCACCGGCGGUGGUGCAGACUGCGAUGGUGGACGCCAUGCCUCCAGAGCAAGUGAAGUACAUGACUGACAAGAUUCCCAUGGGCCGCACUGGCAAGCUGCAUGAGGUGGCUGCCACGGUGCUCUUUGCGGCCUCCAGCGAGUCUUCCUUCACCACCGGAUUUUGCCCCACGGCUUCCGAGGUGAUCCGCAUGGGAACCAAUGGUGAUGCCAUGGUUUUGACGCGAGCGGUGGACGAACCGUGUACUGAGUGGUCAUGUGGCAUCCGCCGGAGUCACUUGGCAUAUCUUGAAACUCGCGAGUUUCACAGGUUGGGCUAUGAUGGUCUGGCAAUCAAUACCCGCUUGCCGAGACAGUCUACACCUCCUUCGCGCUCCACGAGGUCGAAGUUACCAGAGCGAAGUGAGGCCCCCGGCGCGCAUGGCGCCGAGUUCAUGGAGGCAGGCGCAAAUCUUCCUGGGCAGGCUCGAAGAUGCUCAGGCAUCGCGCCGAGCCUGGACUUGGCGAAGCUGGCGAGUCGCACCAGAAAACAGGUGAGCUGUGCGCGUGGCAGUCCCCGUUCCGGCCAUUCCGGGUGUCGUCCUGCGGGUCGGGAAGGCUUGAGCGCGUCGCAGUGCCUGGUUGAAGAGUUGCGUCCAUCCACUCCGCCCAAGCAACCCCGGAGGUCCAAGUUGCGCCGUGCAUCGUUUGCUGACAAACUGCACCAGGCAGGAGCUGUGAUGACGCCUACCUCAGACAGCGCCACCUUUGCCGGCUCGAUAUCCACGGCAGUGACGGCAGUGGCCGAGAGUCCUGCACAGGUUGCGGGCUAUAGCGGCUAUGGUCAGGCAGAGCUCGAGGUGAACCUCGAGGUGAACCUCGAGAUUCACCAGGUCCAGCUGCCUCCCGAAGAGGACUUGCAGGUGGAGCCCUUGGAAACGGAGACCUGCGACACGGGCGACGCGGGCGACGCGGGCGACGCGGGCGACGCGGGCGACGCGGGCGACGCGGGACACGUGCGCUUCAGGGCGCUGGGUGCGAUGGUGGAGACCUUUGAGCGUUACUCGGAUGCGGUGGCGGACAUCUCUUGCACGGAACACAUGCAUAGUGCCGGGAGUUUCAUCGAGGAGGCCGCGGGACACCGGGGUAGCUCGGACUUGGCCGACUUGGCCGACUUGGCUGGUGCUUCAUGA